UUAUAAGAAAAUGUUACAGGAGGAUGAUCACAGUUAAUGCUAUUUGCAGUUUUAGACCCAUGGUUCGAUGCACCAUUGUUCAAUUUGUGUUCCGUGGUUUAUUUUUAUUUUGUUUUUAAUUGGUACAUCAGCGUUUCCAUAGUUUGCAUUCUACUGGGAAUUCCAAUCACAGCACUUGAUUCCACAGCACAUGACAUGUUUGCAUGGGCUACUCCAGACCCAACAUGUUAUCGUGGUAUGGUAAAAUGGUUACACAUUUUUCAGUUAUAUUAACAACAAAAGAUUUCAACCCAGAGAAGUAUGAAGCUCUCAGUAAACUGCUAAGUCGACAAUACAUGAAGACUGGAAAUCCAGCCCAUAUGUUAGAACAUUAUUUGUCAGUUAUUACCAAGGGAACGUGUAAUAAUGAAGAAAACGGGAAGUUUUCUGUAAUUGAUUUUGACUCAAGACAUGCAUUUGCAAACAGUCAAUUGAAAUCAAUAAUUCAGACACAUGGAGCGGAGACCAUUCUUCUGUACACAGCCAUGUUACUAAAGAAAAGAAUAGCAGUCUACUUUCCUCGCCACUCCAUUGGUGACCUCCUCAGUUUUACACGAUCUCUUCCUGCAUUAGUGUGGCACCGACAGAACUGGGACGUUGUGUAUCCAUUCUUGAGUUUAACAGAGAAUGACGUCAGCAGUGUGAAACACAUAAAUCACUACGUUGUGGGCUUUACUGAAGCAGAAAUUGAGGGCAGGUCUGAUCUGUAUGAUAUUUUUGUGAAUGGUCCAGCAAACCAAAUAACAGUUUCCUCUCAAGCAAAAGAAUAUUUUACACUUGGUAAACUUCACAAAGAUAUCAGCAUGGUGAUGAUCGAGUCCGCCGAGAAGCCUGAAAACACAGACCAAGAUGUCAUUAAAGACAUUGCCAAGAAGACAAAAGAGCUGUUAACUAACUUGAAGUCACUAGCCUCCGAUGAUGGAAGCGGGAAUGUUUUUAUUACCUUGGAGUCUCUUCGGGAGAGAAAGAUGCCACCAGCAAGAGAGAGCUUUCUUUUCAAUCUGGCUGCGUGUGAAGGACUUGUUCAAUUGUAGCCAGUUGUUGUGUUUUAUCGCUAACUUCAAAGAUCAAGAAAUAGUUCAUUUCAAAAAGUUUUUGUUUAACAACACCACUAGAACUCUUGAUUUAUUAAUCAUCGGCUACUGGAUGUCAUACAUUUGGUAAUUUUGACAUACAGUCUUAGAGGAAUUCCGCUAAAUUUUUCCAUUAGUA